UGGCAAUACGAUUAUUUAAACAAACAUUUAAAUUUACAACUUUAUCAUAUUUGUCAUUAAAUUAAUAUCAUUAUUUAAAUUUUUAAUUAAACUAUCUAACCACAAAUUGUAGCCGACAUGGGCACAGUAAAAAAUGAUCAAUUAAUGGUAUUAGAACCAAAUAAUCCUAUAAUGAUAAGAUUUCAAAAGGCUCUUAAUCAACAUUUAUUGAAACAAAAAUUAAAUUUAGAACAAGAAAUAUUGUCUCUGAAAGGAAAUGUUAAAACUAAUCAAGAUAAUAAACUAUUACUUGAAAACAAAAUAAAUGUUUUGGUUCGUCAAAAUGAGGCACAUAAAGUAACAUUAGAUACAUUACAUAAACUUAAAAUAGAAAUAAAAAUGGCAAAAGAACAAGUUGAUAAUCAUAUUGAUAAAGGGAAACAACGAUUUUUAGAUGUUGAUAGAAAAAUUACAGAGCAAAAUAAAAAUAUUUUAGAUUUAAAAAGACAGUUAGACUCUAGUAGGACACUUUUUAAUGAAUUAUUAAAAUAUGAAAAAGAUCAAGAAACAACAUUUAUUUUGUGUAACCAAAAAGAAUCUCAUAUUAAGCAUCACAAAAAAAAAAUAUUAAAUGAACAGCAAAACCAGAAUCUAUUAUUACUUUCUUUGACUCAAGAAAUAAUACAUUUAGAGGACCGUAUUAAAGAGCUUGGAGAACAAGCAGAGACUAAAUUUAAUGAAAGACAAAUUUUGAAUCAAAGAGUGAUGGAUAGCUCUAUUGAUCUUGAUACCAUUAAUACAGACAAUACAAAAAUUGCUUUACUAUGGAAAGGAGUUUUAACCAGCAUUCAACAAAGCGAUAAAACAUUUCACAAAAUAAAAAAUGACUUACAGGAAGCAAAAAAUCAAAACUUAAUUCUGAUAAUGGAAGCAAAUAGUUAUAAAAAAAGUUCACAAAAUGAAUUUAAAAAAAAUGAGGACCUUAUAAGUAACCUAAAUAAGUUAAAACAAGAACAAAUUAAUAUGCAGCAGAAUUAUAAUAAUCAUACUAAUCAACUAAACAAUUUAAGUGAUGAACAUUCCAAACUUUUACAAAUGUUAGAGUUUCAAAGUCAAAAUUUAAGUGAACUAUUAUCUGAACAAAAAUCAUUGCAAAAUGAAAUUAAUGUUUUAGUGAACUCACUAGAACUAAAGUCUAAAAAAAAAUUGAAGAUAGAAGAUGAAAUUGUGCAUGAUUUAAAAAAACAAAUGCUUACUAAUAAUAGUUGUAUUAACAUAAAUAACAAAAUCAGUGAAAUAAAAACACAGAAUAAAAAACAUGAGCUAAUGUUGAUUCAAACUGAAAACAAUCUUUCUCAAACAUUACUAAAAGCAGAACAAUAUCGUAUAGUAAUAUUGAAUUUAGAAAGAGAUAUAGAAGAAAAUACUAAAACUAUGAAGGAAAAAAGUAAUUUAAUUUUUGACUUGGAAACUGAACUAAAUAAAUUACUCUGUGAUAUUCAACAAAAAUCAAGGCAAAUUGAUAUAGAAACAAAAAAUUUAGAAACUGUAAGGAAAAAACAAGAUGAGGGAAAUUUAAAGACACCUCAAGCUCAAAUAGUACAAGUUAAGAAAAAAUUGGAAGAUAUAAAUAAUAACAUAGAUUUUCUUAAAGAAACUUGGAUUAAAAAACAAAAUAAUAAUGUACAGAUGACUCAACAAAGAAAUGAAUUAAUGAAUAAAAUUAAUAAAUUGAAAAAAUAUAAUAUUGUGGCGGAUGCAAAAAAUUUUAAGUUGAAACAAGAAAUAAUAAGUUUAAGUAAAGGAAUUGACCAUUAUAAAAGAAAUUUUACACAUUUGAGAAAUGCUAUUUUAAAAUAUAGUCAAAAUAUAAGCAACACGAAGGGAAAGACUAAUUUUCUAUCAAUUGAAAAUGAAUGGUUACAAAAUAAAUCUGUUGUAGAAUUAAAGGAAAAUGAAAGAGAAUGUUUAGAAUAUGCUGAUCAAUUAAAAUCCAUAAAAAAUGAAUUAGAUGAAACACAAAAUAAAUACAUAAAAAAGCAACAAGAACUCAUAACUUGGGAAGUUAAAAUUAAGCAAAUUAUUGAAAUGAAAAAGGAGAUUGUUAAUAAAGAAGGGGAUAUAGGAGACAUUGAUGCAAUGAAAAACGAAAUACAUAGAAUGCAGAUAAGGGAAAGUCAAUUAAAGAAAACUUUAAAAAAAAUAAUGUUUGAUUUGGAAGGUUGUAUUUCUAAAAGGGAAACUAUUUACAAUACUGUAGCUGCCAAGGAAAGUCGAAUAAAAGGAAAAAGUGAAACUAAACAAAGACUAUUUAAAAAAAUUAAUGAUUUACGAUUAAGUAUACAAAAAAGUAAAAUUGAGUGUAAAAAUGUAGAAAUAAAUGUGAAUAUUAUACAAAAAGAAAAAGACGAAUUAGAAAGUCAAUAUUAUACAUUAAGUCAAGAAUUAAGCCAGAUAAAGAAAAAUUUUGGAGAUAUUAUACAAGAAUUUGAAAAUGCUAAUGGAAUUAAAAUUAGAAAUAUUGAACAUCUCAGUCACAAACAAAGUUAUGCUAGACAUUUAGAUUCAGUUAAACAAGGAAAAUAUAGUUUAUUAAUUAAAGAUGAGUUCAGAAUUGAUGAAGAAUCAUCUGCUGCUUGGAAGAAAAACCAAGAUAUUCUAUGUGUGGUUGAAGCUUUGAAAAAUGACUUUCCAAAUUUGGAUGAUAAAUUUUUGCGUAUAAUCAAUAUCCUUUCAAUAGUAAUUAAAUAAAUAAUAUUGAUGACAUGCAAAAAAUAAUUAUAGUUAUCUUUGAACAAUUUGCUUUUAUAAAAAAUUAAUUUUAUAUAAAUUUUGCAGUGAGUUACUAAUUCUUUAAUUAGAUUAUUAUUUGUCAUUAAAAUCUUAACACUUAGUAUGUUGAGAGCUAUUUAGUUUAAUUAUUGCUAUCAUACAAAAAGUGAUCUGAGGAUAAUUUUAUUAUUUAUUUAUUGUAAUUAA